UUGAUGGAAAAAGGAGCAAAUUUUUUGCGAAAAAGCCUUUGGAAUUUGGAGAAACCGGGAAAUUUAAAAGUUUGUGUUGUCUUAACUGACUAAGCAGUCCGAUCAUCAAGACCCAUCUUGAGCACUUAAAAACUUUUGGCCAAUUUCCUGUUGGAAUAAAAAUAUUACCUCAUCGUUCAAACACAUAAAAAAUUCCCAUUAAAGUCUGAAUUUUUAGUACUUAAUUCAAGAAGAUAUGCAGCAGCUUGUUCAGAGACUCUGUUUUCUUUUCUUGGGUCGUCCAUGAAUUUUUGAUUAGAGCAUAAUUCGAUUUAAAUCAGAUUGAAUGAAUACGGUGGAAGGGGUGACAGGCAGCUGUAAAGAAAUCACAAAUGAAUGAUGGGUGACUCCUAUUUCGUGCUUUUUGACUGUCUUCCUAAUCGUGCAUCAUUCAAGGUCCAAAUUUAUGAGGAAACACACUUUGAAACCCAGCAAGUGCCAGCUCAGAAUGUCCAAAAUGUAAAAACCAAUACUUACAAACUCUUUGCCAAACGCUAAUUGUGGGGCUGUACAGCCUUCUUUAUAUGGUUUUGACAGAUAAUGGCAUGGUUGGAGAGCAAAGAUGGAUAAAAACAGCAUAAAUAGAAAUGCAAUUAUAAUCAGGAAGAUUACAGCUAAAAUUACAGCUAAGUGUAUCUGUUUUCUUCAAUUUCUUGUUUCAUUUUUUUGUUGGUUUUAAUUUUAACUUUUAAGAGGAAAGGGCCAAUGGACAAGCUUCUUGGGAAAACACAUUGCGUUUAUUUUGAAAAUAUAAUAGAUCAAGCAUAAAAAUAUAGGGGGUGUUUGGUAAUUUUAUGUCAAUUUGGAAAUUCUUCCCUUGUAUGCAGGGAAGGCAAGUGCCUAUUUUGGUUUUUGGGGUCUCCUUAAAAGAGGCAAAUACUUCUAAUAAGCUCUCUGAGCAACAAACAGAGGGAAGAGAAAAAGGAAGAGUCUUGCUCUUCAGCUUCCUUUUAAAGUUUAGAGAGAGAGAGAGAGAGAGAGAGAGAGAGACAGACAGACAGACAGACAGAGUUAUAGAGAGAUAGAGUGAGGAAGUCGUCGGGGAAGGUAGCGGAGACACCAUGUCCUUAGGCUAUGCAGAGAAGCUUUCGUACAUAGAAGAUGUGGGCAAAGUGGGAAUGACGGAAUAUUUCGACCCACCACACGUUUUGCAAGAAAAGUAAGCUGUCUUAAGAUAUUCCAGUCAUGGCCAAAGAAGUUCAAAUGGGUGCACUAGUUAGUGACACUUACUCGACUAAAGAGAGAAGGGGGGAGGGGAGAUGUUAUGCUUGGACAUAAUUGGAGUUGAAUAACAAAGGGGCUUAAAAGAGCUAUGUGUUUGAGUGUAAUUCUUUCUCCGCUUAGUUUAAACAAGGUUGAACGUCUUGCCAUGUUGUUAAAGAAGAGUAAGCAUCUAGUAGUGUUUACAGGUGCAGGAAUAUCAACUUCUUGUGGUAUACCAGAUUUUCGAGGUCCAAAGGGAAUAUGGACACUUCAGUGCAGCGUGAAGGUAAGGCCUUGCCUGAAGCAUCACUGCCAUUUCAUCGUGCAAUGCCAAGCUUGACUCACAUGGCUUUGGUUGAACUGGAGAGGGCUGGUAUACUGAAGUUUGUUAUUAGCCAGAAUGUUGAUGGCCUCCAUCUUCGGUCUGGAAUACCAAGGGAGAAACUUGCUGAGUUACAUGGGAACUCCUUCAUGGAAACCUGCUCUUCUUGUGGGAUCGAGUAUUUGCGGGAUUUUGAAGUGGAAACUAUAGGAUUGAAGGAGACCUCAAGACGCUGUUCUGAUAAUAAAUGUGGGGCGAGACUUAAGGAUACUGUUCUUGACUGGGAGGAUGCAUUGCCUAAAAAGGAGAUGAAUCUGGCUGAGAAGCACUGCAGGAUGGCUGAUGUUGUCUUAUGUUUGGGGACAAGUUUGCAGAUCACCCCGGCAUGCAACCUGCCUCUGAAAUCACUUCGUGGUGGGGGAAAGAUUGUAAUUGUUAACCUUCAGAAAACUCCAAAGGACAAGAAAGCAAGUUUGGUGAUCCAUGGGCUUGUAGAUAAGGUUAUUUUAGGUGCAAUGGACGUGCUUAAUAUGCAGAUCCCUCCAUUUGUCAGGAUUGAUCUUUUUCAGAUCAUUCUAACUGAAGCCUUGAGUAUAGAUAAGAAGUACGUGAACUGGACCCUCCGGGUUGCAAGUGUACAUGGACAGAAAGCUCCAUUGCCAUUCAUUAAAUCCGUUGAGGUCUCCUUCUUAGACUCACAAGACUAUAAAGCUGCCAUUCUAGAUAAAGAACCAUUUCAAUUGAAAAGGAGAACCUUACAAACGAAAUCAUUUGAAAUGGUUUUGAAAUUCAACUUCAGCGAUGGGUGUGGUUGCUCAAGCACAGAAAUUAAUAUCCCUAUUGAUUUUCAGGUUCCAGCAGAUUGUUUUAGACUUGAUAGGGAUGCCAUAUUUCAAAAGCUCAGAGAGACGGCGAUUCAAGAUUCAUGCUGUGGGCAGAAUGCAGUUAUUGAGAAAAAGACCAUCUUGUCUCCAAAUAGCGAGGUUACUGUCUAUGCCAUUAUAACCAACAUUGUUCGGUAUAACAAGACCUCUAAAUCCACCGAGGCUGAUUCUCUGAGCAACGGGGAUGUUAAAAGGCGAAUAGACAGAGAAAAUGGUACAGAAACAUCAAGAAAGAGAUCGAAAGGGCGCAAGCGUAAAUCCAAAUUUUAACAAAUGAAAAGGUUGUGCAGUGGGUCUUGUACAUAUAUAUGUUACUAUUGAUUAGAGCUAACCAAGAAUUGUAAGAUGUAGGGACUGGGUGAAUUUUGCUAGAAUACCACACUCAGUCCUCCCCCUCGUUAUGAAAUAGGGAGGUGAUGCUGGUUUUCCUAACAUAAUUUUGUAAGCUAGCUUUUGAAGUUGAUGAUGUUCCAUGGUACUGGCUAUUAACUCGUAAUCACAUCCUUUAUGAAGUUCUUAUUAGCUGAUUUA